AAACCAAAAAAAAAAAAAUCAAAAACAGGGCCAAACCGAAAUCCCCACAUCUCUUUGUGAACUUUCCUGUGUCUUAUGGCAUUGCAAUGGUUUAAACCUUGAUAAUUAUGUUUUCCUUGACUGUUUGACCAAUUAGUUGAUUUAUUAUAGGUGAAGAGCACCUGUAUAAUAGCAUGUAGCAAAUGUGCAGAAAGCACUUGUUUCUGUAGAAUGUUGAGGGUCACAGGUACACCACCUACUAGUCAUUUGUUAAUAUGGUUUAUCAUUUGUUGAAAAUAUUUUCUUUUCCUCCCUCCUUCCCUUCCUCUCUCCAUCUCUCCCUUCCUUCCUUCUGACCUCCUCUUCUUUUAUUUCUUCCUUUCCUUUGGAAACUGAAAUCCUACUCAUCCUGCUCAUCCUGAAAUAUUUUUUCAGAUAUUUCCCCUCCUCUCAAAUUUUCUUAUUGCUCAGAGUCAUCUGAAUUCCUCUGAGUCCCAGUCCUGCCACACACAAGGAAGAUAACUCAGACCUUUCUUUAGAUCUCUGGGCCCCGUGUGUAUUGGAGCAGAUGUGGAUUGUUUUAUCCCUUAGAUCUAAAAUUCCUUCUAACUUUUUGUAGUUAAUUCUAAGGCAGAGACAAAGGGAAUGGGUGAGUCUCCCAUAGGCCAAUAGACAUGGAUUUGUCAAUAUCAUGAAAUGUUGCCUAUAAUGAAUGACAGAAUGUAGGUUUUCUAGAUUAUAUAAUAUUAAAGAUUUCAUGCUCAAUUUUUUACCUGAAGAAAUAAAGAAGCCGAGAUAGUCUGUCUGGUGUCUAUUUCAUGUUCUUUCUCUUUAAUUGUCUAGCUGAUGUGUCAACAACAUGGGACUAGGAAAUCAAACAAAUGCUUUAGAAUUUAUACUCCUGGGAUUUUUCCAAGACUCAGAGCAUCAACUGAUGUUAUUUGGAUUGUUCCUAUCCAUGUUUAUAGUCACCUUCCUUGGGAAUUUGUUCAUCAUCAUAGCCAUUGUCUCGGAUUCCUAUCUUCAUACGCCCAUGUACUUCUUUCUCUUAAAUCUGUCUUUUGCUGACAUUGGUUUCAUCUCUACAACCGUCCCAAAGAUGCUGGUGAACAUUCAGAAACAGAGAAGAUCCAUUACCUAUGCAGGCUGCAUCACCCAGAUGUAUUUUUUUAUGGUUUUUGGAGGCAUGGAUACCUUACUUCUCACUGUGAUGGCUUAUGACCGGUUUGUAGCCAUCUGUCAUCCCCUACACUAUCCAGUCAUCAUGAACUCCCAUCUGUGUGGCCUCCUGGUUGUUACAUCCUGGUUAAUCAGCUUGUCAUAUUCUCUGAUCCAGAGUCUGUUGAUGCUGCGUCUAUCCUUCUGUACCAACUGGGAAAUUCGACACUUUUACUGUGAACUUGCUCAGGCUCUCAUGCUAGCUUGUUCAGACACACUGAUCAAUCACAUAAUACUCUACAUGGUGACUGGCCUUCUUGGAUUUGUUCCCUUUUCAGGGAUCCUUUUCUCUUAUACCCGGAUUGUCUCUUCCAUCCUGAGAAUUCCAUCAACAUAUGGAAAAUAUAAAGCUUUUUCUACCUGUGGGUCUCAUCUAUCUGUGGUUUCUUUAUUCUAUGUGACAGGUCUUGGUGUAUACCUCAGUUCUGAAGCAUCAUCAUCUUCCUGGAAGGGCAUGAUGGCCUCCGUGAUGUAUACUGUGGUGACCCCCAUGCUGAACCCCUUCAUCUAUAGCUUGAGAAACACAGAUAUUAAGAGGGCCCUGAAAAAACUUCUUGGCAGAACAUUUUAUGUUCAGUGACAAGAAUACUGGUCCUGGGCUCUUGAGCUGGCAAAAGUACCAGCAAAAGAAAUUCUGCGUCAAGAAAUUCUGAAUCUAAAUUAUAUAGGCUUUCACCCCUCACAACUCUGUUUCUCUGUCUUUAAUCAAAAUAUCCCUGUGAGUACUUUGUCUGAAACUUUUAUGGUGAUCACUCUGUUACCCUCAGUUGUAUUCCCUACCUCUCCUCCUUUUACAUUUUACAUCACUACAUCUCAACUUGAUGUUUGCAUUCCUAUAGGUCUAUACAACCAUUCAAAUAUCAACUCAGAGACUCUUGGAUAAAACAUUAAAUAGUUCAUUUUUUACCAACAA